CCCCACUCUUCUACUUAUCCGGUUUUGGCGGUUUGCACAAAAUGGCGGCGAGGAGGUUUUGCUGAGGAAGGACUGGAGAGGCGCGCCUUGGCUGAAGAUGAGCGCCAAGCCCUCGCCUCGCUCCUGGGAGAAGGAGCACCUUUGGUACGGCCUCCUGGCCCUGGGCUUCGACCCUGAGGGAGCCUCGGCCGGGAAGGUAUCCUGCCACCUCCACCUGGGAAUGGACAUGUUUGAUAAACCGAACAAAGAUGCUUUUCAUAUCGUUGCGUGGUUCUUGUUUUCAAAGCUGGACCAAUCACAUUGUAAUGAGACCUUCAGAUUUUGUUUUCCACCUACAGAUAAAAAGACAGAUUCUGAAUUUAGAAAACAGUGUUAUGAAUGGCUAAGAAGAAUUUCAGAUGAAUGUGGAAAAAACUUCCCUCCAGUUGUGGCAUCAUUAUUCCUUUCUCCCGGUGGUCCCAAGUUCAUUCAUCUCAUGUUCCAUUUCUCAAGAUAUGUCAUAAUGCAACAUAUUAAAGCAGAUUGUGCAGAUGUUGACAUACCCUGUCCAGACGCUGUGAGUUCAAAAUCGCCAGAGUUGAGUAUAGCAGAUGCAAAAUACCGUGUGUCUCAAAAUCGAUUUUUACAAAGUCUACAGAAAGAAGACUUGCUCAUUCAAGAGCUUCAGAAAAAAUCACAGCUUUUAACUAAACGAAUAAGAGAUUUACGAUUUGAAAAUGCAGAUCUGGACAAACAGCUCCAAAAAAUAGGAAAAAGUAUUCCUCAAAAUCAAAGUAUCACCACACAGAGAAUCGAAAAGGUUCGCUGUUCAUGGGAAGUCAUAAAGGAAGCACUUAAACUACUGGACAAAGAAAGAGAAGUUGUGGAUUCAAUUGUUAAGGGUCAUGCUGACCAGUAUGUAUUAGAUGGCACAAGUGUUGCUAUCAGUAUUCCAAGGCCCCUGCUUGAAAAAGUUGAAAAGGAAAUACACAAGUUGCCUGUGGGGAAUGUAUAUGAAGAAGGAAAACUAAACAUUUUAACAGUCAUCCAGUUACUAAUCAGAGCCAUAAAAAUGUUGAUUGAUGAGCGUGGACACACUGAUAAGAAUACACCAAAAUUGGAUCUUCAGUAUUUUGAAGGCAAGACCAAACUCCAGAAUGAGACUUUCUUGGGACUAAAGUCACUUAGGCUAAAAUUAAAACAUGAGGACCAUAUAUCAAUAAGCCAAUCAAUUGCUGAAAAACAACACGAAUGGGAUUUGAAAUGGAAAGCCUAUCUUGGCCAUGCACCUUUUGAUUUAAUUAAAUAUCCAAACUCUGCACUUGACUUAUUACCAGCUAUGUCACCCCUUUCUUUUACUCCUGCUACAGAGGAAGCUUAUAAAAGCAGUGUUUUUGGCCAGUAUCCUGCAUCAAUUCCAGAAUUAACCAAAAAGAAUCUCCAAGUAGAUCAAUGUAAGGGAGCUGAUAAAACAUCAGGAUGUCAGGACUGUUCAACUGUGGUAACUGCGGAGAGGAAUAUCAUAUUUUCUAACCUGGCUAAGGAAUCUGAAAACAGGAAGACUUUUGAAAAGGGAUCAAAUGCUGACACUCCUACAAGGACAGAGCAUUCUGAUUUUCAAAUCUUAAAAUACACAGGGAGAAAAGGUAAACCAGCAGAAGUUGGGAAGAAAAGACAAACUAAUGUGAUGCGGACUCCAUCUUCAGUUAAAAGAGAAGAUCUUCUGAAGAGAGCGCAAGAGCAGCUGGCAGAAGAGGUAGCAAAUGUGGUAGUGUCUGAAUCACCACAAAAUGCUGGAGGAAAAGGAAAAGAUCUGGAUAACCUGGUUGACACUUUAAUCUCAGAUCCUUUCUUAACAAGGAAACAGAUUCCACGCACUCCAGAAAAUCUGAUUACAGAAAUCAGAAGCUCAUGGAAAAAAGCCAUUCAGGCUGAAGGAUCUUCAAACGCAGAAUCACAUCAUACUGAAGCAACAAAAGACAUACCACAGGUUGCAGUCCCUGCAUCUGGAAACCAGACAGAUUCAAGUAUGGCAUGCUUUAUGUCAUUGUGCAUGUCUGACUCAGCAGAGUCUCCCCUCCUGGCAAUGCAGUCUUCAGAUAGCUUAAAGCAGACAGUUAUUGGUCAUAAUGAAUUGUCAACCCACCAAGGAUGUGCAUUGGAUAACAUAUUUUUCAAGCAGGGAUUGACACAUGUUCCAGAAUGUUGUGUAACCGAUAAUCCAGAGGUAGGCCCCAAGGCUGUAAAUAAAUAUGUGAGCAAACAGUGUUAUAAUCUGGGGAACUCAACAGAAGCGUCACCUUAUGUAGGUAAGAAUUCUUCAACAUGUACAACUUUAUCGUGGGAUACUUCUCGAAUGGUAGGUGGCACUUGUACUGAUAGCCAAGAAGCUAUCCAUUUUGGCAUACUUCAAGAAACUCUUCCAGAGGAACUAGGGUCUGAAAGUCUUAAUAGUAUUAAUGAUUAUGAGUCUGAUGAAGUAAGAAAAGAAAACUCCCAAGACAGCAAGGGUUUGCCUGAUUAUCUGACAGAAAAUGAGCACAAAUUGGAUUUAUAUUCUAUUCGGGAACGAUAUAAAGCAUUACAAAAGACUCUUUUUGACAACUCAUCUUCUAGAAAUCAAAUUUCAAGGUGCAGAUCAGACUUCAGUCUUCAUUCAGUGGGCUUAGAAACAAGUGAUGUGCUUAGCUCUUCUGGAAAACCAUAUGCAUUUGAUGCAGAACUUGUCAAGGCACCAACACACACGACUCUUGAAAGAAGGGUCCCUCUCUCCCCUCAAGUUCCCUUUUCUCCAGUACAAGCAAGAGAGAAAUUGGAUGUACAGAAUCAAGGAGAUCUAUGUAAUAAACUGAAAGGAUAGUACAAAUCUGACCUUGUGGCUAGAAGUGUUCGUGGUUUUUGUGUAUGGGGUGAGCUUUGUAUUUCUUUGCAGAGUACCUAGAGAUGUGAAGGCCCAGACAAAUUCAGAAUUUUUUUUCCAGGGUUUUUCCAAAACCAAUUUUUUUCUGGAAAAAUUGAAAAAAAUGCAUUAUGGAAUAUUUUCUUUUAAAAUGACCAAUAAAACAUUUAAGGCAAGAUGUUCAUAUGUUUAUUUCCCCAUGUUAUCUUUUAUCUUUUAAAAAUACACUUGUCCCUCCAUAUUCGCUAGGGUUAGGGGCACAAGACCCCCGUGAAUAUGGAAAAAACGCAAAUACCCAAAACACCAUGUUUUUACCUGAGA